GAGAGAGAGAGAGAGAGAGAGAGAGGUGCGUCGCGCUGCACCUGUGCCUGAAGACCAGUAACAGAGAGAGGAGAGGGAGAGAGGAGAAGCUCAGCCGUCACUCCCGUCUUCCACAAUUUGGGGAGAACACCAUGCUACACUCAAAUGACAUUCACUGCCCCAAAGGAUAAGAGACACCACCGCCACGGGAGGUGUAUCUGCUGAUCGACUCCCGUCACACCACCAACGUGUGUGUCCUGUUUGGUAUUUAUCUUAGUUCGUUUUUUUUGUUACCACUUUUGUAAUCAUUAAUUUUUAUACAAUACCCACCCAUUGCUGGACCGCCGGAGUGGAACCACUGCUUCCGCGUAUGUUGUGAGGUCACAACUGUUUUUGUUUCAAACUUUGUCAUGUGUACUGAGCGCCGCCGUUCGCUGGCGUACGCACGCCGGUGACCCCGCAGACGCGUACAUGGGCGAACGAGCGAUGUAAUGCCGGCUGCCGCAGUCAAAACGGCCGCCUCGGAGACGGAGGCUGGGGGAGAAGGAGGAGGAGGAGGCGGUGGAGGGGACGGUCAUCGCGUCACGGCGCCCCAGUGGGAGGCGUCGGGGCCGGGCCGAGCGGAGAGACCGCCGCUCCCGUCGCUCAAGGUGUCGCGGGAACUGCUGAGGAGCUUCCCCCACUCCAAGAGGGUGGGGUCCUACCUGGUGGGCAAGAUGAUCAACAAGGGCUCCUUCGCCAAGGUGAUGGAGGGGCUGCACAUCGGCACCGGAGAGAAGGUGGCCAUCAAGGUGAUUGACAAGAAGAAGGCGCGCCUGGACUCCUAUGUGCUCAAGAACAUGAAGAGGGAGCCACGCAUCCACCAGAUGGUCCGGCAUCCACACAUCGUGGUUCUGCUGGAGACCCUUGAAACGGAGAACAGCUACUACAUGGCCAUGGAGCUGUGCGUCGGGGGCGACCUGAUGGACAGAAUCUGCGAGCGGAAGAGACUGGAGGAGCGGGAGGUGCGGCGCUACACCCGGCAGAUCCUCUCCGGCGUGGAACACCUGCACCAGCACGGCAUCGUGCACAGAGAUCUGAAGAUUGAGAACUUCCUCCUGGACGAGCAUAACAAUAUCAAGAUUGUGGACUUUGGUCUGAGCAACACUCUGAAAGCGGAGUCUCUGUCUCUGGAUCUUCUUAACACCCAGUGUGGAAGUCCCGCCUACGCUGCCCCGGAACUGCUGGCUCACAGGAAGUACGGCCCCAAAGUGGACGUCUGGUCCGUGGGUGUAAGCAUGUUUGCCAUGCUCACGGGGACUCUGCCCUUCAUGGUGGAGCCGUUCAACAUCAAACAGCUGCACCAGAAGAUGGUCAACGGAGAGAUCAGUGCCAUACCCAACGAUGUCAGCAAAGGGGCCGUGGGGUUCGUCCUGUCUCUGCUGGAGGCCGACCCGGCAAAGAGACCCAGCGUCCGAGCCGCCAUGGAGGAGAGAUGGCUCAACGAGGGAUACGCCAAGAAGCCCCUGCUGUCGCUCUUUCAUAAGAACAGGCUGAGUGCAGAGGAGCUGAACUCGUCAGUGGUGACCUACAUGACGGAGACGCUGGGCUACUCCGUGGGGGACGUCCUGCACACGCUCACCAACAACAGGCCAUCCUCCAUCAUGGCCUCCUACCACCUGCUGCUCAACAAGCUCUGCAGGGGCCAGAAGGCCGAGAGAAAACCGAACAAGAAGCGCAACGGCAACGAGGGAAGCCUGCCCAGUACAAACACAUGGAGGGGCAGGAAGGGUAGUGGAUCCAAGACUCAACCACAGAAGGAGGCGGCUGGCGAGAACGUCAACAAUCAGCCCGCCUUCCGCCCGCUGAGGAGUCAGAACCAGCGGAGGAGGACCGGAGACCCCUUCAGGAGGGACCAGGGGGGAGACGAUGAGGAGAACCGGCCCCCCUCAUCAUCCCUCCCUCAGCUGCCUCCUUCCUCCCCCUCCUCCUCCUCUUCCUCCUCCUCUUCCUCCUCCUCUUGCUCCCUCCCUGCCCUCCCUCCCCUCCUAGUCUCCCCGCCCCCGGCUCCUCCCCUGGCCGGAGAAGGCGGGAUAUCAGACGAGGAGGUCGCCAUCACCGUGGAUACCAGGGAGCUGGUGUUUCCUAAAGUGUCCAUGUUCGGGGACAGGGAGCUGGUCCAUCUCUCCCCGCCCAAAAACUCUGCCACCAAGCUCUGUGACUCCGCCCCCUGCCAAGUCCUCGACACCAGCGAGCCGACGGCAGACGCCAGCAGCAGCGCCGCCAGAUCCCACGCCCGACCCCCCCACCUGCUGCGGACCACCCACUCGGACGGCGCCACGGACCCCCGCGGGGAGGCGGGUUACCACGACAACCGUCACCCGGACAACCACAGCCGCCGCCUGAGCGGCAGCGAGCGGCUGGAGAAGCUGCAGACUUUCUACUCGUCGGAAAAGGCGGGAAUAUCUCCCAGGAUGCUCCUGGAGGCCGACGUCAAAGCCCCGUUCGACCCGGAGCGGGGGGGCCGCCUGGGGGGGAAGAACGCCAUGGAAACGGCCAAGGUGUCGCCGCCGGCAACCCUGCCCCGCCUGCGUCAUGUGGGCCUUAAAGUGGGCGGGGCUGGCGGCGGCGGCGGCAGGAAACUCACAUGGGUGGGGCUGACCCGGACGGGACCCCCGGGGUUCAUGGUGAACGGGUCCAAGCCGCCCGCCUUCCCCUCGCAGAGACUGCACGCCCUGGGGGCCAAGGGCCUGAGGGGGGACCGCGGCAAGAGGGCGGGGGAGUCGGCCAGAGGAGGGGGGGGAGGAGGGACAGCGGGGGCUGGGGGCACGGGGGUCAAGCGCAACACGGUGCAGCUGCGUCCGUCCCUCCAGCACCGCGUGGCCGAGCUGAACCUGCCGCUGCUGCCCGCCGCCCUGCAGGGGAAGACGGAGAGGAAGAGCCACCUGCACAGCAUGGAUUACUGAAUGAAGAGGAGGAAGAGGAGGGAGGAGGAGGAGGAGGAGGGUGGUGACGAGGAGGAGGAGGAGGAGGAGGAGGAGGAGGAGGAGGGUGGUGACGGGGAGGAGGAGGAGGAGGAGGAACAGGAACAGGAACAGUUGAUCUCAGGUGCCAUGUGCAGUCUUUGGGGGUUUGGGACCCCCAAACAGCAGGAAUAAUACAGUAGAAUUUGAGUAUGUCAAUAUAAGAAAGGGCUAAUGUACAUUAACGGUGCUGUAUGUGAGACUUAAGAGAUAUGAUUGGAGUGUAAAUUGUUAGAAAUGGCAUAGCUAUGGGUCAGCUGUGUGCGCUGUGAGAAUAUCCAAUCAGCUUUUUUCGCUUGAUUGGUUCUGGGAAUCCAUCCUUUGUCAAUCACAGGUGCGUGAUGCAACACUUACAAGGGGCAGAGCAAUGGAGAGAGCGAAGGAGAAAUUAAAGAGCCGUCAUUUGGGUUGUUUAGGUUCAGACUAUUGCUCUCAUCAGCGGUUUUCUGCUCUCUCCCUCUCUCUUUACAACUCUUAAAUCUUCCCUAAGAAAAAUACAGUUUUGAAAGGGAGAUGAUUUGGCUAAAUGGAUGUGGUGAAUGAAACCUAUGUUUCGAAUGUAUUCUAAUAGGGUCUAACCAUCAUAUCUAGGCAAAAAGGUAGAAAGAAAUGAAGAAAGAGGGACAGUGCCUUAAAUGUAAGCGAUCUCAAGGCGACCUAAAUGGAUUUACAUGUUUAUCGUCCGUCCUUCUAUUUAAAAAACAUUAAUUGACUGGCGACUCCUCCAGACACCCGGGACAGUAUUUCAUAGGCUUAACUCAAGUGUCUUAUGUUUCUACAGUAUUGGAAAGCCUGACCACAGCACUUACACAGGAUUACAACGCAUUGAUUAUGCUAUCAAACAGUGCCAAAGACUUAACUAUUCAGAAAACAAAGAACACCUCCCUGACAGCAUGUGUGUGAAUGAAUGGAUGUGUGAGAGAGUGUGUGCAAGGUUGUGUGAGUGUGUGUGUGUGUGUGUGUGUGUUCGCGAGUGAGUCAAUCCCAAUGUUGUACAGCUUGUUGUUCUAACUGUAUCGACCUGAUGACCGCAUUUGUAUUUACUGUUAUUUGUGUUUGUCUAAAUACAUUUUUUUUUACACA